UAAUAGGAAUUGACAAUUGCAAACAAAUCGGUUUGAGACGUAAGGGUUUUAAAUCAUCGGGUAAACGAUUUGGUGUCAAUUUUACGAUUUUUGAUUAUAAUAUCACAAAGGCUUUGAUCACAAAUACAUGGUUUAGUUUCACAAUUAUUGGAUUCACAGUUUUUGAUUAUGAUACCAAUUUUCCAUAA